AUGGAGCGAUUUGCAAUUGAACAUUCUUUCAAUUACUAUGCCAAAAUAUCAGACAAGAAAAGAUGCCCGUUGAAAGACCGAGUUUUUACUCAACUUCAAGCUACAGUUGGGUUUGUUAGAGGUUUUGCUGCAUCAAAACUUGUCAAUUAUAAGAGAAUACACACCCCGAAUGAUAUAAUCGAAGAUAUUAAAAAUGCUUUCGGUGUAGACAUUAACUAUCAGAAGGCUUGGAGGGCUAAAGAACGUGCGAUUGAGAUGUUAAGAGGGAAACUUAUGGAUGGUUAUCGACAAAUGGAUCGAUAUGUGUUAAAUUCUGUUUAUCCAGGUUCACAUAUUAGAAUGCAUAAAUCCGAGGAUAAUAAAUUUAUAUAUUUGUUCGUUGCAUUGCAAUCUUUGAAGAGUAGAUUCGAGUAUUGCAGGCCUAUAGUUGUGGUUGAUGGUGCACAUUUAAGUGGAGCAUAUAAAGGUACAUUUGUUUCUGCAAGCACUCUUCAUGGAUCAGGACGCAUUCUGCCGAUUGUGUAUGGUGUUGUUGAUAGUGAAAAUGAUAAUUCGUGGACUUGGUUUUUCGAGACCUUCAGAAUUGCUUUUGGAGAGUGCGAUAGUAUGUGUGUUGUAUCCAACCAUCAUGAAAGCAUAAUAAAGGAUGUGAGUGUUGUAUAUCCGAAUGUGCCGCACCUCGCAUGCAUAUGGCUCUUGUGGAAGAAUGUUUGCACAAACUUCAGGAAGAGUAAAGAUAGACUUAGCGAUAUUUACUAUGCUAUGGCCAAGGCUUACCACAAAGAUGAGUUUGAUUUUUUUUGGAAUCAAGUUGGAAAGAUUGAUAAGAGGGUAAAGUCUUAUCUUAAGGAUGCUGGAUUUGAAAAAUGGGCACGCGUGUAUGCACCUGUUAACCGUGGUAGGAUGAUGACUUCAAAUAUAGCAGAGUGCAUAAAUGGUAAAUUGAAACUAUCACGUAAGUUGCUGAUAAUAGAAUUUUUGGAGCAGGUUAGUGCGUCAUCAACAUAUGUAUAUUUUGUUUACGAUGAUGGGGGGAAGUAUAGAGUAUUUCUUAAUAGGAGGACUUGCACUUGUAGUAGAUUCCAAUUGAACGAGAUAACAUGGGAACACGCGAUUGCAGUACUAAACAGCAAGCAUGUAGUUGAUAUGAAGCCUUAUUGCUCAGAAUUUUACUAUCCUGAAACAUUAAGGAAGAUGUAUGAAGAAUCUAUGUUUCCAAUGCCCGAUAAGAAGGACUGGAUUGUGCCACAAGAAGUUAUGAAUGAAGUUGUGUUACCACCAAAAUACAAACGUCAACUAGGAAGGCAAAGGAAAAGUAGGCACAAGAAAUCAAGUGAAACUAUGACAUCGAGUAGUAAUUGUUGCGGGAGAUGUGAUUUUGCAGGUCACAACAGGUGUACCUGUAACUUCUUUCCAAAGGAGGACUGA